AAGCAUGUUUAUGCACGAUGCUGAGAAUAAGGCAAAGCAGCGCAAAAUCAGAAAAUAAUAAACUCAGAAAAUUCUGUUCCAUGUUUUUCUUCGCUAUCCUUUCUCCUCUGAAAUCAUGUACCUCCAAAGAAUUCAACGAGAUGUCGAGGCCGUGUACGAAGACGGCUGUUUCGGAUUAAAAGUAACCGAUAAUCCUGCCCUUUACUACGCAACUAUUAAAGGUCCAGCAGACACACCCUAUUCUGGUGGGGUAUUCCUUCUUCGUAUAGAGUUUCCGGAUGAUUAUCCGUUCAAGCCAAUAAAGGCCCAGUUUAUUUCCAAAGUAUACCAUCCUAACAUCAGCUCCCAAACGGGCGCAAUUUGCUUGGACAUUCUGGCAGACAUGUGGUCUCCCGCAAUUACGCUACGUAUCGCUCUACACUCACUGCAAGCACUUCUUGAUAAGCCUGGACCAGAUGAUCCUAUUGAUGCUGUUGUCGCAAAGCAUUAUCGUGAUGACCAUGCAGGAUUUGUUGAAACGGCUCAAGAAUGGACUCGACGCUUCGCGAAGGGGGAUGAGCAAAUUAAAGAAUAUGUCGUUUGUCGAAUUAAAUAUUAAACUUUGUAAAUGGCUUGGAUCUUCAAGCAUAUAAUAUAUAUAUUUAGCCUUCUAAUAGGUUAUGAAUUGUAACUAUAAAAAAAUGACAUCAGCAUUAUAAUAAAAAAAUUUUAAACUUUGUAGGAAGAAUGGUGACUUUGAUGAAUGCGUACAUAGUCUGCUAGCAUGUCUAUUUUACAACAUCUGAAACUGCGAGAUAUGUACAAUCGCAUUUCUAUGCGUGUAAUCAGGAUGUGGUUAGGUGCCUACGUGUAUGAUAUGCGCGGAUGUGCAUUUAAAUUCAAACAAUUUUGAUCACUUUUAAGACCUUUUAC